UUUUUUUUGGGUCAACAUCCUCUACUCCUCUUCGAUCCAAACAUUAUAUUCUGUUUUGUUUCUACUUCCAAAAAGAGAUUAACUAGUUUUUAUCUUCAUGUUGAAGGCCCACUUAGACAUAUUCAAAUUAAAAUUGAGGAAGUCCAGAAUGAUAAAAGGGCUGAGGGCCCAAGUUCUUAUUGUCUGUGACUCUCCAAACACUAUCGUGGAAUCCUCAUUGUUGUUCAGUUAAACCCUGCGAGCUGCAGCAUCUUGAGUCAAACGAAGGGUUUAAGAAGAAGAAAAUGGAGGAACAAAAGAAACGCAGCAUUCCGGUGCUGCCAUGGAUGCGAGACCCUCUAGACCUUACUCUCUUCCAACAGAUUCCUCUCCAUACCCUCCCUUCCCUCCACCCUAAGUUGAAAUUAUCACUGGAAAACAUGGGGAUUUCCAACCUGUUCCCGGUGCAAGUUGCGGUAUGGCAAGAAACCGUUGGGCCCGGGAAAUUCCACCGAGACCUCUGCGUUAACUCCCCCACUGGCAGUGGCAAGACCUUGGCCUACGCGCUCCCCAUCGUCGCUGCCGGUCAGUCUUCCGUUGCGGACGAGAUUUCAGAACUGGUGUACUCGCCGGAAUGUGAGUUCGGGAUUUCUUACGAUCCGGAAGAGGUUGCAUUUCGUGUUCGGAGACGAUUGAGGAGUAAGGUAGAUAUAUUGGUGGCAACCCCCGGAAGAUUGAUGGAUCAUAUCAAUACCACCAAAGGCUUCACUCUUGAGCAUCUUCAAUAUCUUGUGGUUGAUGAAACGGACCGGCUACUCCGUGAGGCCUACCAGUCAUGGCUACCUGCUGUGCUUGAAUCGGUGCAGUUGAAUGAGGAUAACACUUUUGAACCCAGUGAUUCGUUUUUACCUUGUUCCAUGGGUGUGUUAACAACCAGAAGAAGAUGUGGAGUUGAGAGGGGUUUCAAGGAUAAGCCCUACCCUAGGCUGGCAAAGAUUGUCCUGUCUGCGACAAUAACUCAGGACCCAGGCAGGCUUGUUCAGCUUGAGUUGCAUCACCCUUUAUUCCUGAGAGCUGGGCCAAUGCGUUAUCGACUCCCAGAAAAUCUGCAAUCCUUCAAAUUGAUCUGUGAAAGAAAGGUCAAACCCUUGUACUUGGUUGCCCUUUUAAAAUCACUAGAAGGAGAAAAAUGCAUAAUUUUUACAAAAUCUGUGGAAUCUACACAUCGUCUCUGCAAAUUGCUUAAUUGUUUCGGAGAUCUGCAAAUUGAUAUCAAGGAGUACUCUGGUCUUCAACAUCAACGUGUAAGAAGUAAGACCCUGAAUAAUUUUCGGAAAGGCGAGUUUCAAGUGCUUGUAUCUUCUGAUGCAAUGACUCGUGGAAUGGAUGUGGAAGGGGUAAGAAAUGUCAUUAACUAUGACAUGCCCAAAUACGUGAAGACCUAUGUUCAUCGGGCUGGUAGGACUGCUCGAGCUGGCCAUACUGGGCGCUGUUUCACAUUGAUGUCCAAUGAUGAGGUACGACAAUUUAAGAAGUUGAUGCAAAAGGCUGAGGCUAGUUCUUGUCCCGAGCACAUCAUUCAAUCCAGUUUGAUUGAAGCACUUCACCCUACCUAUGAAUCAGCAUUGAAAAAAUUCAAGGAGAAGAUUUCGAAGGCACGAAAGAAGGCAAAUGAUUAGAAUCUUGUGGAUGGAGCAUAUACAUUGAAAAAUGAUCAUUCAUAGGAAUAGCUUAUCAAAGAGACCGGGAAAAAAUCCUCUAAAGUGACAAUGUUAGUAAAGCGGUAAAGUGAUGCUUUAAUCACCUUUGAAUUUGUAACAUUUAUUAUUUGUGAGCCUUACUAUCUUAAUUUAAUGGUGAUUAAUAGAGUACUUUUUUCUCUAAAGUAACAAUACAACUUUAGAGAAUCCGAAUCCCACUGACUGAAUCAUCCUGCAAAGGAUUCGAUUUGACUGAGAAAGAAGUCAUUCAAUGAAUAACAACAGUCUGAAGCAUAUUAUGAGGGCAUGAACAGAGCUCUUGCGAUCCCUCGGUAGUGGUGGAUUUUGUGCAUUCCUUGAAGUUUUUCUAACGGGAUGCUUCCUUCACGGACGGGGCAAAUGGAUGAGAUCAUGCAGAAGUUCCGUGACAAUGAGAAUUGCAAAUAUUAAUGAAUAGAUUUGUAAUAUUAUUUUUAUUUUUUCUAGUUGAAACAUUCAUUUCUCUGACGAGGAAAAUAUUUGAAGUUCUUAAGAAAGUGAGAAUUUAUCGUAUACUUCUGAAAAGCCUCUUAGCAUUCCCAAAGCAGUUUGAUUAGGGGUGUAAAAUGUCUGACGUUAUAAACAAAUGCCUGAUUUU